AUGGAGGAACAAGAGAAACGCAACGGACGGGACGGAGGGGAGAAUACAAUGGGAGGGUUACUAGACAGGUCACCCUGGGAUUACCCUAGCGGGGCAGACUCAGCAGCUGGUACUGGAGCGUACAAUAGCGCGUAUGGCGGUAGCGACGCUGUUGGGAAAGCGGAGGAGGCGGCGAGAGUGGCGAUUAUUCGCGGGUUUGAGAAGAGGGCGGAGACGAGAGCGGGUACAGUGGUGGUGCGGCCAAUGGCGGGAUGCCACGUGGCAGAGCUGACGGAGAUGCUGACGGAUUCGUUCAUGGACUACAUGGGCGGCAUGACGUUCAAGCCGCUGCUGCGCAUGCAGAUCUCUGUCUAUGUGGCAGGCCGACUACGCAUUAUGCUGCUUCCUCCUCCUCUUCCUCCUCCUCUUCCUCCUCCUCUUCCUCCUCCUCUCUCUCCCCCGCCUUCCCCCUCUUCCGACAUUCGUCGCUACAGCCUGCAGCAGCAGCCGCUACAGCCGGGCGCAGCAGCAACAGCGUCGCCACCGGAGGGACCAGUGGUGGGUGUGGUGGAGCUGGCACUCACAGGCAAGGCACGCCCUGCCUUCCCCACGCUUGACCCCCCGCCUGAUGCUGCUUACCUCUGCAACAUGGCCGUGGGGCACCAAUACAGGCGGCUGGGCAUUGCGCGAGUGCUGCUGUCAGCAGUGGAGGAGCUGGCAGCGACCCUGGGAGCCACGUCCAUGUGCCUGCACUGCCGCCUCGUGGAUAUCCCCCCCUUCCUGCUCUACUCCUCCGCGGGGUAUACCACCACGCAGCAGGACCACCCCCUUGCACCGCUCCUCACCUUCCAGCGUAGGAGAAGGCUCAUGCAGAGGGAGUUGAGUGGGAGUGGGGAAGAGGAGAGGGGGGAGAGUGAGGGAGACGUGGAGGUGAGGGAUGAGGGUGGUGUGUUGUAA